AAUAUAUAAGUAAUAAUAAUAAUAACAAACAUUUUGUUUUGCUAUCUAUUGUUUGUUUGGUCGCACAAAACGAUACAAACAAUCAAUCAAUCAAUUAAUCAUUGAAUUAAUCAAUCAAUUUGUCUGAUUUUGUCCAUCGAGAGUGUGUGUGGUGUGUAUGAUAUGAUCAGCGAUUUGUUGGAUCAACUAAACAAUAAUAAUAAUCAUCUACUGAGCCAUGGAUGACGACCUCCAGAUACUGACACUUCCCUAUCAUAAUGACUUGCAAUCGCUGUACAGUCAGACCAAUAACAAUACGGCUUUGGCUUUGAUUGUCCUUCAGUUUCUUCUUCUGUUAACAACAAUUGUGACCAGUUUUGUGAUACCAAUCAAUGACCUGACAAUUGAAACCUAUUCAUCCGUAUUGUCGAAAAGCGAUAUGAAGAUCAACUACAGCGACAACAACAAGAAGAUUAUGAACUCAUAUUUUUUGACAAUAGUGUCGCAUCUGAUUGUAUGGCUAUUGACACUAUCUAUUGGUUAUUAUAUGCGUAAUGUCUACUAUCGACGACUGAGAAUCUUAGGCUACUAUAAACACCAUCAACUGGUCCGAUGGUUGUCACACAUACCAGCGUUUGUAUUACACAAAUCCAAUGUUGCUCUACUGAUACUGACGGCCAUAUUGUACAAUAUUGGCCAGAAAGACAUCAUUAAACUAUCGGAUAAAAUCCAAUUGAAACCCGUAAACUUUGAACAGCUGAUCGUAACCGUAUCGGUGCUGAUAGUUAUGCCGUUUCUUAUCAAAUGGUUUUACCAUGAGAUCCGAUUUCGUACCGAUCGUAAUCCGCCCGAUAUUUUCUGUGUAGAAGAUCCGCAACGAUUGGUCACAUCGGCCGGACUCAAUGAGAUCGGUGUCAGGCCGUCAUCCUAUUUGGAGGACUUACUUGAAAAACAGGCCGAUUUGAUCUAUAAUCUCAAAUUACAAAAUACUCAUUUGCGGCAAAUGUUGUUUAAGGUUAGCCAACGUUCUGGUCGGGAAUCGCUUCAAUCGAGUUAACAAUACAUUUGUUUCGUCAUCGGGUAGUCAUUACUACAACUACUACUACAGUACUACUACAACAACAAAUCGUUGGACAGUUAUAUCACAUAUUUAUUUAUUUAUUAUUUUCGAUUUUUACAAUAAUA